UGAAGCGCAUUUUUGGCCAGUUUGAUGGAAGAACUUUCCACAUAAUCUUCAACAGCCUUAUUCGUCCCCAUUUAGAGUACGGAAACAUAACAUUUCCUUCCUCACUCCAAACGGAUAAGGACACUCUGGAGCGUAUCCAACGACGAGACACGAACUCAGUUCGGGGACUCAAAUUCAAACAUUAUGAAGAGCGCCUCCAAUCACUUAACCCUUACCUGUUAGAGUAUAUGCGUCUUAGAAGUAACCUCCUGAUGUCUUACAGUAUCCUUAACACUUCUGGAAAUCCCCUUAAACACCUACAUAAGCUUAGUCCCAAUACAAACCUAUAGGGUAACACCAAGUAACUGGAGAUACAACAUAGCAGAACAGACUGUAGACACAAAUCCUAAUACUUAAGAGCUGUCAAAUGCUGGAAUUCGUUGCCGACUGAACUAGUCCAAGCAAUUUUCCGGGAGUCCUUUAUGAGGAAGCUUGACCUAUUCUUAAGGACUCAAGAUAACAUUUUAAUAUGAGUUACCAAUUUUUUUCUAAUCUAUUAUAUUUAAUAUACCUAGGUUCCCUCCUGGAGGUAUUGGGGAUCCCCUGCUACUAGACACGGAAGCCUGUUAAGCGAAAGCUUCUUCUAUUCUGCCCACAACCAUUUGAACCAUUGAACUAGAGCAAAUUUUCAAUAGCUAUCGGUACUGUGGUGUUUGGCAGGUGAUAUUGGUGUUGUUUGGCCUAGGGGAUUUACGGAUUGCUGAUUGCGAAAUGAGUAUAGUAAAGUUUGAAAAAUUGUCACUGUCGAAGUUGAGGGUUAAAUAUUGUUCAGUGAAGUAUAUACAUGCAGGUUUUCGGAAAUGAUAGAUUAUAUUUUAGCUGAAAGUUUGGUGAGGUUUCAAUACAUUCAAGUCGGUCAUCAGAAAGACUAGUGUAUGUAUUUAGUGUCGGUUCGUAUUAAAAGGCCUGUCUCAGUGAGAAAAUCUAGUGAACGGUCGUAAAAAAUUUUCAGAGUGAUUUUGGGAAAUUUCAAUCACUUGGUAGGUUCGAAUUACGGCCAGCAGUUAUUGUUGUAAAUCAGCGAUUGUUUUUUAAGUAUCCACCUAGAUAUGCUCUAGAUAACAACACUAAAUGCAUAAGAUUAAAAAAACGAAACAACUCUACAUCAAUACCAGCAUUUUUCCGGUCACUAGAAAAUACGUGUUUUGACAACGACAAGUUAUGCAUUAGAUUGUCUUACUUAUCUCUGAGGUAGAUUUCUGUGAGAAGUAACCGUGAAGUAACUUGUUUAUUAUGAUUAAUGUUUACGGCAUAUCAGACACCGACAAAAUUGCUCUAGUUGUUUGUUCAGUCGUGAGCCUUAUCAAACUUUUCGAUUAGCAGGACUAAUAUUAGAAGUCCAGACAUAAAAGGGUAUCCAACAAAUUGUUUGGCAGUUCUCACUAUCUUAUGGAAUGUGUAAUGCGUUAGUUCAGCUGUUUUUUUGUAGUCACUAAAAAAGAAUCCUAACUUCAUGUAACUGAGGUAGGUAAGCGAUAGACAUCAGUGUGGAGACAUUUAAUUUACGUAUCAGUCCCUAAUUUAUACCAGUAAUUCCUAGUCUUUAUUAUUAUUGACUGUGAAUUCUAGCUGUCGAAACCGAAUACCUUUCUCCUUUGUCUGGCUGCCAUGGCUUUUCUAUAAAUAGUUGCGUUUAGGAAGUAAAUGUUUGUUUUCCCUUAAGAACUAAACAAUCGACAUAUAAAUGGCAAGUACUGAGUCUUGGUCGAAGUUAUGUUGAAUAGAUUUAUCCAAAAGUCGCUUGAGUACGUUCUUUAUCAUACGUCUAUUUUGUUUCAUUUCUUUGGGUAAUUUGUGGGUCAUUAAGACUGAGCAACCACAUUCUUGCAUAUAUGGCUGUUAUUUUCCAUUUAUUUGAAAGCCAAUUGCACUAGCUAGUUGCUCAGACUAGCGGCGCAAUAAUUGAAAGCCAAUUCAAAACCAUCGUUUCAACUUACAUCUUGAAGUAUCUGUUAUUACCUUCAACUAUUCUUUUGCUUGAAGUUAUGGUGAAAAGUAAAAAAGACUUUCAAAAGGUUCGAGUUAAAGUUGGACGGAAAUUAAAAUGCCGAAACGAGACAGUAAUCAAUUUGCAGAAGAAGAGAAUAAUCCUUCCUAAAGAACGUGAAAUUUGCAAGAUACAAGGGGAUGAAACUAGUGUUCGAAUCUUUGAAAGUUCUAUUCAUUCACUAAACAUUGAGGAUAGUGCUCUUCGCCAGUCCGCUUUACGGGCUCUCAAUCGUCUCUUGGAUCCACUGGCAAAAGGAAUAACUACAAUUCCAUUUUUAGAUAAAAACGUUUUAUCUCUAUCCAGCAACUUUAUAUCAAAAGUAGUCGAUGAACAUCAGAAACUGUUGGGUUCUACUGUAAAUACAGGGUGUGAUAUUCAAAUAGGAAACUUAAUAUUCGUACUUGGGCGAUUUUGUAGACGAGUUGAUGACCCUCGCUUCUGCGAUGAGAUUUGUCAGCUGUUCGUUAAGAUUGUACAAAUAGCAUAUACUCACCCAAAGAUAUCAGAUAUAAUAUUCGAAUUGGAUCAGGUUGUUCUUAAUCUGUUACACAGAAGUGAACUAGUUUGGAAAUUUCUCGGAUGCCACCUCUCUGCUUAUACAUUUGGUCUACAUUGUAGGUUAACAACGACUAUGAGCAUAUUGUAUCAACCAUCCAACCGAACAAAAUCAGUUUAUUCAGGAGUUUUCGAUUCACUUCAACAAUCAAUACGUUUUCGAGCUUAUUCUAAUCUUAUGAUUCAAUGCUAUAAUAAUUUAAGACAAAAUCGCACUUUCAAAACUUUAUCGAAGUAUCGUGCAUAUUUGGUUCGAACUACCAUGGUUUAUUUGAAAGAUAAUCAAUAUACGAUGUCUCUGAGUUAUUCUCAAAGUCAUCAUCCUUGGUUGUACUCUUCACCGUAUUUUUCAAACGAAUAUCUUCAACUGUAUAUCCCUUUGAAAGGGUAUUAUCUCAAGGAAUUGAUUGAUUUCCAUCCUACAUCGCGUACUUUUGAUUCUGGUUUAUUCAGUGUUGUCAAACAGUCUCUAAUAUUCUCUUCCUCAAUUAAAAACAUUGUCGUGAAUAAUAAAAAUUAUCAGCAUAAACGGAGUGAGAAAAAUCAAAGGAAUUUUACAAGCAGAGAGAUUUCCGACAGUUCUUCGAUUGCUUAUACUCCAACCUGGUGUCAAGAGGACUACGAUGACCAGGUUAUGAUACAUGGCUUGAUUGGUGAAGGCUUGAUUCUAUUGGAUGAACUAAAUGAAAAUCCGAAUGAGGAAGUAUUAAGCAGCCUGUACUAUCUUCUUCGUGCUUUGCGUGUUGUCUUCGAAACAAAAGAAGUUAGCUUUUUCACUUCUCAUUCUAGUGUGAAACGUGAUUAUUCCGGUUGGAGAUUGGAUGUAAAUGAAAUUUCACCAGAUUUAUCCACAUCAUUGGAGCGUUUUUUGGCCAAAUUUUAUUCAAUCUACCCAUUACAAUUAUCUCCUGAUUCUUCAUUACUUAUGUACAUAAAGUGUAAUAAACAAAAGUCACAAAAAAUUAAAAAUAAUGUAAUUGGAAAUGCUGCAUUUCUUUUAAACUCAACCAAUGGACAAAAAUCAGUUAAUUUAACUAGAAAACAAUUUAAGCAAGAACGUAAACGUAGAAAUAAACAAUUAAAACGUCAGUUGAAAAAUGCUAUUAUUUCUGGUGUUACUGAUGAUAAUAACAAUAAUAAUAAUAUUGACAACGUUGAUGAUCAUAUUGAUUCAACUGUUGUCGACUAUGAUCAUUCAAUUUCAACAACUAAUUCCAAUGAUUAUUCUACAAAUAAUACGUUCAAUUCUAUCCGAAGAAUUAGUAAUCCCUCUACAAAGGGUAACCUGAAUAAUCAAAUAUUGUUUUGGAUUCAACUAAUCAAUCAAUCAGCUUUUGAACUAUUCACUUACAUUGAAUAUUAUUCAUUUAGAUGCUCAACAGCAAAUCAUCACUCUCCAUUUCUAUGGCCGCCACCAGAGAAUACUCAAGAGCGGUUAAUCAAGUUGUGGUUUAACCAGUUAUCAAGUUUUGAUCUAUCUAACGCGAAAACCGAGUUUUACCAUGAAACCAGCUGUUGGUUGCGUUCAUUUGAUUUGUAUUUGCUGUCACCUUACCGUUUUAAAUGGAAUGUAGAUAUAUCAACGCGAUUGUUUGUUUCACCAGUGAUAAUUUUCUUGGGGCAACUUUUCCAUCUAUUCGCUAUUAAUAAUUCUGUUAAUGGUGAUAAAUCCCUUAGUAAAAGAGAACAUUAUUUAACUGGUCGUUGUGCUGGUCUAUUAACUACUGUCUUAACAAGAGAAUUACUUCGUCUUAAUGAACAAAAACCUGAAUCAGAGAAAAAUUUAAAUGAUGAUGAUGAUGUGUCGGUUGGUAUGGAUGUUGAAUUCAAUUCUCAUGGAGUGGAAUACAAUGAAAUGUGGUUAUGGAACAAAUUACAUAAUAAUCUGUCAGAUGAAAGAAUUAAAUCUCUGCAUGGAUCAAUAUUUCCCACUUUCAUAAAUUAUUUAGUUCAAUUUUCAUUGAAUCAAUCUCCACGUAUUUGUUAUGCUCCCCCAUUAACUGAAGAAACAGUAAAUAUUAUACGAAAUCAAUAUCCUAGUUGUAAUAUUUCCAUUGGUAAUCUUAAACAAAUACAAAUUGUAGAUAGUACUUGGACAGCUUGUCUUCUUCAACUCUAUCAUGUCAAAUAUUCACUUGCUGUAAAAUAUGUUCGUGAGAAUAAAGAAUUAUGUACAAAAUUACAUCUCACUGAAACAUACUUGGAUAAUUUCACUAUGUUGAGUGUUUUAAAUGAAAAACUAAACGUUCAAUAUGAUACACAACUUUUGAAAGAUCAAACUGGUUGGCUUGUUCCUGGAUUUUUACCAAGAAUCACAGAUGGUCGGUAUACAUGCCCAGUAUUUUGGCGUCCAUUAAAAGAUAAUCGGAACAAAAUAUUGCCUUUACUGUGAUGUACAUAAACUAUAUUUGAUGAUCUUUGUUUUAUAUUCAUUCUUGUAUAUAUAAGAUCAUCCAUUCUCG